AUGCUUACUUAUUAAAACUUUUAGACUAGAUAUGUAUAGCUAGAAAAAUUAGGUGAAGGAACUUAUGGAGUUGUAUUUAAGGCAUAAGAUAUGUAGACAUAAUAAUUAGUAGCUAUAAAAUAGAUUAGAAUAGACCCUAAUGAAGAUGAAGGAGUUCCUUCGACUACAUUAAGAGAAAUAUCAAUUUUGAAGAAGUUAAAACAUAAAAAUAUUGUAAAACUGCUUGAUGUUUAUGUUUUCCCUGAAGCUUAAAAAGUAUCUUUAGUUUUUGAAUAUUAUCCAUAAGAUUUAAGAGGCUACUUGAAACAGUUGCAACAAAAAAAUUAGAAAGAGAUCCCUUUAAGCUUCUAUUAAAAUUAAUUUAGAUAAAUAAUAGAAGGUGUUGAUUAUUGUCACUCUUAAGGUAUCUUGCAUCGUGAUUUAAAGCCAUAAAAUAUUCUAGUAAGUUCAACUGGAGAAAUUAAAAUAGCAGAUUUUGGAUUGGCAAGAGCUUUUAACUACCCACUAAAAGAAUUAACUAAAGAUAUAGUCACACUUUGGUAUCGUUCCACAGAACUGUUAUUAGGUGAGUCAUAAUAUGAUAUAGCUAUUGAUAUGUGGUCAGUUGGAUGCAUUUUAGCAGAAUUUGUUACUUUCAAACCACUCUUCAUGGGUGACUCAUAAAUUGAUUAACUAUUUAAAAUAUUCUAAUUUUCUGGAACACCUAAUGGGGUUAUUUGGCCAAAUGUUAAGAAGUAUAUAGAUUUUAAGUAGACAUUCCCUAAGUUUUUGCCUUCAAACACUUUAAGAAUAGAUCCAAGAUUCAAAGAGUAAAUUAGAAAUGAAGGAAUCGAACUUAUAGAAAGUUUACUUCAAAUAGUACCAGAAAAGCGUUUAAAUUCAGAUGAAGCUCUCAAAGCGCCUUUCUUCAAGUUAACUUAAUGA